GGUACGUUCCGCACGUGAGCUGGGUGCUGGUCUGGCCGGCGACGCGCGUGCCCUGUGGCCAAACACUGCCCGGAGUGAGAGCAAACUACCAGCGCAUUGGGGCCGGCGCGAGUGUGCGUGCGUGUGUGUGCGUGUGUGCGAGAGAGCGAGCGCGGUGGGAGGGGGGGAACCAACUGCUUCACACUUUCAACACUGCACUGAAGAAGGGAGAGAGAGAGAGACUGGAGACGCACAGAUCCCCCAAGAUCUCCCAAAGCUAUCGUCCCACAGAUUAUAGAACAGAACCCCAAAAAUCGAAACAGAGGAAACGGACAGCGGUUGAACAUGGACGAAGGAAUUCCUCAUUUGCAAGAGAGACAGUUACUGGAACAUAGAGAUUUUAUAGGACUGGACUAUUCCUCUUUGUAUAUGUGUAAGCCCAAAAGGAGCAUGAAGCGAGACGAUAGCAAGGAUACCUACAAAUUACCGCACAGAUUAAUAGAAAAGAAAAGAAGAGAUCGAAUUAAUGAAUGCAUUGCUCAGCUGAAAGAUUUACUGCCUGAACAUCUGAAGUUGACAACUCUGGGGCAUCUGGAGAAAGCGGUAGUCUUGGAAUUAACUUUGAAACACUUAAAAGCUUUAACAGCCUUAACCGAGCAGCAGCAUCAGAAGAUAAUUGCUUUACAGAAUGGGGAGCGAUCUCUGAAAUCGCCCAUUCAGUCCGAUUUGGAUGCGUUCCACUCGGGAUUUCAAACAUGCGCCAAAGAAGUCUUGCAAUACCUCUCCCGGUUUGAGAGCUGGACGCCCAGGGAGCAGCGGUGUGUCCAGCUGAUCAACCACUUGCACGCCGUGGCCACCCAGUUCUUGCCCACCCCCCAGCUGUUGACUCAACAGGUCCCUCUGAGCAAAGGCACGGGCGCGCCCUCGGCCGUCGCCCCCGCAGGGUCCGCGGCCGCCCCCUGCCUGGAGCGCGCCGGGCAGAAGCUUGAGACCCUCGCCCACUGCGUGCCGGUCAUCCAGCGGACUCAGCCCAGCGCCGAGCUCGCCGCCGAGAACGACACGGACACCGACAGCGGCUACGGCGGCGAGGCCGAAGCGAGGCCGGACCGCGAGAAGGGCAAAGGCUCCUGGAGAAGUACCUGUACCCGGCGGCGGCUGCCGCCCCGUUCCCGCUGCUGUACCCCGGCAUCCCCGCGCCAGCGGCCGCCGCCGCCGCCGCCGCUGCAGCAGCCGCCGCUGCCGCCUUCCCCUGCCUGUCCUCGGUGUUGUCGCCCCCUCCCGAGAAGGCCAGUGCCGCCGCCGCGACCCUCUUGCCGCACGAGGUGGCGCCCCCUGGGGCGCUGCACCCCCCGCACCCGCGCGGCCGCACCCACCUGUCCUUCGCCGGCGCCCGCGAGCCCGGGAACCCGGAGAGCUCUGCUCAGGAAGAUCCCUCGCAGCCAGGAAAGGAAACCCACUGAAUCCUCGCCCCCUUUCUUAGACAGGACGAGGGUUCACACGGGAUAAUAAUAUUAAUAAAACACCCUUAACGUUUUUAAGGGAGGAAGUGUAAUAGAUGCACGACAGGCUUUUAAAACAACACAGGUGUUUUGUGUACAUUUGGAGUUCCUGUUUUGCUCAGCCCGCGCCACCCCACCCUCCGCACACUAACAUCCCUUUCUUCCCCCACCAGCUAGAAAAGAACCUCUGCGAUAUUGAUACUUUCUUCUUUAAAGAAUUCGCCCAAAUAAGUUUUGCCUUCCUUUAGGCCAUGUUCCAUUAUCUUUUAAAAUAUAGAACCUAAUUCUGGAGGAAGAAGGGUGUGCUCUGUGGGUGAGCUGAUUGAACCAGGGUCGGGGAAAGGUGGCCGAGGAGUUGACCUCCAAAAGCCAGCGGGUAGUUACUCUCUGCCUGCCUGCCGCAUAGCUGUCCCACCUGCUUUAGGAGGCUUUCCACAAACAGAAUGAGGAUCUUUUAGAAUUGAAUUUACUCUUCAGUAUUUUAUAAUGUUCAGCUUUUUUAAAGGCAUAUAUUUUUCAAAGAGGAAGUGAGGAUGCAGUCACUUACGUUGCAACCUAUUCUGAAGUGGUUUGAAUGGUAUCCCUUAGUAACUUGCUCUUGUUUAAAGAGACUCGGAGUUGGGCCGUUGUCAGAACUAAGUCAGGGAAGGAGAUGGAUGAGGAAGGCCAGAAUCAUUCUUGGUACAUUUACUAGCACUUUAUUGAGAAAGUGACCGUGAAUCAAUUGACGUGUCUUAAUUGCAUUCAUAUAUAUAUGUAUAUAUACAUAUAUAUGUGUUUGUGUGUAUAUGUAUAUAUAUAAUCUAUUUCCACCUUGUCAUUAUUUAAUUCACCAUGAUCCUAAGUUUUUAUAAUCUUGCUGUAAAAAAAAAGGAAUGUGCACUGAACUUAAACAAAAAAGAAAACAAAUCCAAAAUGAUUUAUCCUAUAUUCUGUUAAAUAACGAAAGUGGAGGAAAGCAUUAAACUGGUUAGUUUUGAUUGGAAAUGCUGUAAAGAUGUGGAAUGAAGCCCUGUGAGGCCUUCCUAUCUCCAAGUCUAUGUAUUUUCUGGAGACCAAACCAGAUACCAGAUAAUCACAAAGAAAGCUUUUUUAAUAAGGCUUAAACCAAGACCUUGUCUAGAUAUUUUUAGUUUGUUGCCAAGGUAGCACUGUGAGAAAUCUCACUUGAAUGUUAUGUAAGGGGUGAGACACAACAGUCUGACUAUAAGUGAAGAAAAUAUCUGGGUCUUUUAGUCAGUUUGGUGCAUUUGCUGCUGCUGUUGCUACUGUUUGCCUCAAACGCUGUGUUUAAACAACGUUAAACUCUUAGCCUACAAGGUGGCUCUUAUGUACAUAGUUGUUAAUACAUCCAAUUAAUGAUGUCUGACAUGCUAUUUUUGUAGGGAGAAACUAUGUGCUAAUGAUAUUUUGAGUUAAAAUAUCUUUUGGGGAGGAUUUGCUGAAAAGUUGCACUUUUGUUACAAUGCUUAUGCUUGGUACAAGCUUACGCUGUCUUAAAUUAUUAAAAAAAAAUAAAUACCGUCUGCAAGAAACCAGCUGGUUUAGAAAAUUUUAGUAUGUGAAGAUAAACUAGAAAUUAUCUUUAUAUUCUAGUAUUUUCAGCACUCCAUAAAUUCUAUUACCUAAAUAUUGGCACACUAUUUUGUGAUUUUAAAAUUCUUACUAAGGAAUAAAAACUUUAAUAUACAAAUGAGAUUGUCUAAUAAUUAAAAAGACAUGCUCAAUUAGUUUUAAGGUAUCUAUGAAUUUAGGGAUGAAAGUUAUUAAUGUUCUCAGAUAUACUUUAUUUGUCAUUGGCUUGAUAUCACACGUUUCCAAUUUCUUACAAGCCUCCAAGCUCUGGCUGUGUCUACCUACUUGUUUCCAAUGUAUCUCAAUGAAAAGUGCAAAAGAAAAACCUACCCGUCACUUGCGUGGUCUGUUUAUGUUAGACCCAGUUUGCUAAUGUUUUUGAUUGAUGAAUUUUUCACGUCUCAUCUUGACUCCUGAUAGACUUCUGUAUGGUCUGGUGUUUCUCCUUUACUGGGUCCAGUAUAAAUACACUGCCACUUAGGGGUGCUUAACAACUUCUUGUAUUUUUACUCCUUCUUGUAUUUUUAGCUCCUUAACCUUUAUAAAAGAAUUCUCUUGUGGGACUUAAUCAUGGAAUUCAAGGAAAAGAAACAAUUACUUGUAGAUUUUUCUCAGAUUCAUAACCAAAUUUGUGAUUUGAUAUGUGAACGAUUGUCAAUUUUUAGUUUCAAUAACAUUCUUCACAAACGCCUUGAUUUUUGAAAGGUGUUGAAAUAAUAGUCAAAAUUUAUGAGAUGUAGAAAAAGUGCUCCCUCUGCUGACUUACGGCAACCAAACUACAAGUCCUAGAAUGUGGAGCCAAAGGAACCUCAGAGGUCAGUUUGUCCAGCCCCCUGCACUUUAUAACAUGAAGCCCAGAGAUAUCAUAUAUCCCCCUAAGACCAAACAAACGGCCACCUGGAGCCAGCACAAGGGGACAGACCUACUGCAUCCCCCAGUCAGUACACUACCUCCCACUAUGGCCUCUUCAACCGCAUAAACUGAAGUUGAUUGGGCAGCAUUCAUGAAAUGUCAUAAAUAAAUCACAAGAACAAAGGGGGAAAAUUACCAUUUGAAAACUAUGUAAGAUUUUUGAGCAUUUUAUUGAGCUUAGAAAAAUAAUUGUCUAAAUCAGAGCAACGGGAAAAAGUAGCAUUUUAAAUAUUUUGAGCUACAUUUUAAGGCCAUAGUAUAAUAAUAUGUUUCAUAACCAAAAAAGAUUCAAAGUAAAUCAAAGAACAAUAAAUGUUUUAGCAUUUGUAUAAUUUUGGUAUAAUAAAGUAAAAAACCUUAGGUCUGGGCCAGAUUUUCUAGGUCAGUUAUUUAGUCCAAAUGCCUACAUACUUACAUGGUAAUAAGAUAAAGUUAGUGAGGACCCGACUGCAAAAUGAUAUUGUCUAUGUGGCAUCUGAAAAUUUUUAUUUUGGUAACUGAUUAUUUUAUGAAUUAAAAUACUGGAAUAAUGACUCCAGUGAUGAUUCACUAAGGAUGGUCAUAUAGCUGCGGUAGUGACAUUUUAGCCAGAAUGUGUUGUAAUAUAUGUGAUUUUUCUAUUUAAGACAAAUAUGAAUCAUGAGCUAGUGACGCUUUUACACAUACAAUAUACGUAUAGUAUUCAUGCCACUUGAUUUUGCAUGCGUACAUUUCUCAGCAAAUGUUAUAUUGAAUUGAUAAGUGGCCUUUUCCCCACAAAGAACUAAGGCACCAGAACCUACAUUUUAAUAUCUAUUUAAAGUAUGACUGGAGUUUUAGUUCCGAUCAUUGUGAAAACUAUUUUUCAUCUGGUUCUGUUAUUGGCUAUACAGGCCAUAAAUUUGGUUAUUGCUCAUCAUCUGAGAUUUGUUCAAAAGUAUGUAAAAGAAGCCUCAGCCUAUUUCCGAAUAUGUCACAGGUCAAUCUUGAACCUCCCCAUGGAAGGCUAUUGCCAGUUCUGAGAUCCUUAAAAGGCAAGGCUAGGCAAACAUACUAAGGCCUUUAGAUAGAAAUGAAUAGAGAGCCCUCAUGAACCAAUCAAGGCCAUUAUAAUGCCAAAAGCUUGGCUGUACUAUUGUGAUAAUAGUCUUUUACUUCAGAUAGCAAUCUGAUGUUUUUCAUUAAACAAAAAUUCUUGAUCCGACCCUUAGAUCAAUACCCAUUGUUCUGUGUUGCUU